GAGCUUUACAAUGUCUGAACGAUAUGUCAACAUAGAAGAUGAAACUUUUCCAAGCUUCUUGGCUGAGUCAAUGAGCAGCAACCUUGGUGAAACUCUCGAUAACUGCACCCUCACUUCAAAUUUAGGUUUACCAGUUGCUGCAUCUACUGUUGCAAAAGCCCGCACUGCUAUUGAAAGACUUCCAGAUGUCCAAGCAUCUUACCUAGAAAGUGAAAAGUUACCAGUGACAACAGAUCAUAUUUCUAAGUUAUGUCACUCUAGUGGAAACCAAAAUGGAAAAUUUGCCUUGAGCUUUAAGGAUGAUCUAGAGGACCUAGAUGCAUUUAUCGGGGCUGUAAAAGUUAAAAACCAAGUGCAAAAUGCUGGUGGGGACGAGUCAUCAAAGGAGUCAAGUGGCCCAGCUUUGGACUUCUUGCCAACUGAACUAAAUGGUUUUUCAAGUGGCUUGUGUUCAGAUACCAACUUUAACAAGUUUACCAGUGCCCCAUCUUCUUUGAAAUAUGCUCAGGAAGAAAUGUGUGAUUCUCCAGGUCAAGAAAUGAGUUCAUCUGUAGCAAGUUUUCUGGAAAAUGAAAAGUUAAUAUCUAUUGCCAGCUUAGAUGGCAGUUCUUCAGAUGAAGAGCUAAAUGAUGAAGAAUUUUAUGACGAUGAGUUAGAAGAAUACUUUAAACAACUUCGUCCCCCUGGAAUCCAACGUGGUGUUAUUGAGGGGCAGGAAAUUGAAGAGCCAAAGAGAGCAUCCGACAUGUUUACCAGUGCCCCAUCUUCUUUGAAAUAUGCUCAGGAAGAAAUGUGUGAUUCUCCAGGUCAAGAAAUGAGUUCAUCUGUAGCAAGUUUUCUGGAAAAUGAAAAGUUAAUAUCUAUUGCCAGCUUAGAUGGCAGUUCUUCAGAUGAAGAGCUAAAUGAUGAAGAAUUUUAUGACGAUGAGUUAGAAGAAUACUUUAAACAACUUCGUCCCCCUGGAAUCCAACGUGGUGUUAUUGAGGGGCAGGAAAUUGAAGAGCCAAAGAGAGCAUCCGACAUGGCAAUAAACAAUUUUUCAAGCGGAGCUGCAAAUCAAGAUCAUGAUGCUCUUCAGUAUGAUGAGGACUUUGAGGAGGACUUCCAGAUGCUUCAGGUUCGACUUGCAGCGACAGGAAUGGAUUCGGCUCCAGCUAGUGAUGAUGAUGACUUAGAACUUGAGUUGGAGAGGGGAGCACAGCAACCCUUACAAAGAGAGCACUUCCUGGAGAAUACAGAAAGGCAUUUGAUUGGUGAGCAGCAUAGACCAAGCUUUCGGCCAGGCUUGGAAGGAGGCAGUUCAGAAGAGGAAUCUUCAAAUGAAAUAUUAAAUGUUCCUAAACAUGGUGCCGCUUUGUCAUGUAGGCAGUCUGCAGAAGGCCAUGGACAAGGGCUUGGUCUUGGAGAUGGUAGCAAUGGAAGUAAAGAUGGUUUGAAGGCGUUCGAGGCAUUGAGUACACACACCUCUGGCUCGAGGAAAAAAGAUAUUCGUAGCAGAAAUGUUGCAGGGGAAGAAAGUUUGGGUUUUUCUCGUCGGUGUUCUGAGAACCGUAUAGCUCCUGUUGGAAAUGGUGAAACUAGAAAAGAAUUGUCAAGACAAACUUUGGAACAAGACCAAAGUAAAACUUUCAAAGAUGAUCUGAAACAUAGCUCAAGCAAUCUGGAGUUCUCAGAAGCCAAUGUGGCUCAAAAGCUGGAUUCCAUUUACUUUCAGGAAAGCAGAACGCCGAAUCAACAGUCUGUCAUGGAAGGCAGCACCCACUUAUCUCACAUGUUUUCAUCUAGCGUUAGUGGUGGAUUGGAUCUUGAGAGACCACCUGAAUCAGGAGAUGUACAGAUGACAGGCUCAAGUACAGCUGUUGUCAGUGGUUUAGCAGAUGAAUACUUAUCGCCUACGUAUUUACAAAAUAAAAAAGCGUCCUCAGAUGCCUGGCAGUCUUUUCAAGCACAGGCCUUUCAGUGGAGCUUUGAUCAAGGUGGCAGUGAAAAAGGGGAUAGUUCACCGCCUAGUGUGGUUUACCAAAAUGAAGAAGGAAAAUGGGUUACUGAUCUUGCUUACUACAAACCAUUUGAUAGUGAACAUACUGCAGAUUUUCCUGGAAAAGUUGAUGACCAGUUUAAUGAGGGAAAUUUUAUUGUUGGAAGUGAUGUCAUAGCAAAGCUAGAUGAAGACCAGGAAGAAUUUGAAAAGGAGCACCGAUUUAUUCAGGAGGAAAAGAUGGAUUUGGAAAACCUCAGUUUUAAUCUGGGUGAUACAUCAUGGAAGAUGUCGGUCAAUACUCAUGGUUUACUAAAAUCUCAGAUGGCAUCUGAUUUGUGUCAGGAAGAUGCAAGCUACUUGCGACUCUCCUUAGGAGAGUUCUUUGGUCAAAGAUCAGAAGCGCUUGGGUGUCUUGGUGGAGGAAAUGAUGUUAAAAGGCCCUCUUUUGGUUAUCAUAUAAUGUCACCAGAGAAGCAAGAACCCUUUGCACUGCUGCGGAAGUCAGAGAUUUCAGAAAACUUGGAACAUGAUGACACCAUAACAUUUUGUGAUGAUACUCUUACUCCAGAGGACCUUGGAUGUUUACCAGAUGAUCAGAAGCUUGCAUCUGCUACAUUUGAUGUGCGAACCCCAGCAAAUAAGUCAAAUUCAGAUAGACAAGCUGAACAACACAAGCAAAGUUUACCCUCAAAGGUAUGUGCUUUAAUGAAGGUUAUCAUAAAUGUCAGGGUAUCUUCAGAUCUAAAAUUGAACCAAACCACAGAUGUCACAUUACUGAAUAUAAGUACAAUUGCCUCUGCCAUUGCAAAUGCAUCAUGCAGUGCAGACCCUUCUGAGUUAGCAGCUAUGAUAUUGGCACUGUCAAAUAAAAGUAAAGGACAUUUACCUCUUGAUGCUUCUGCAUCGACGGAUUCCUUCAGCAGGUUAUUGCAAACCUCCCUUAAGAACUGCAAUCCCGAAAGCAUUUUUGAUGUGGAGAAAUACUUAAAAGCAACCGUUCAUUUCCAAGACACUCAGAGUGAAAGUUUUGAUCAUUCUGUUAAGGAUUUUCCUUGGGAUAUGUCUCAAGAACAUAAGAAAUCUCUUGCAGUUUCCCCUGGAAAUCUGGCUAAUAUUACAGAUGUUCAAAAGCAAGAUUUGAGAAGACCAGAAAAUUCAAAGGCACUCCAAGUUGGUUGUGUUAAACCUCUGCCAGUAGGAACAACCUCUGAUGCUGCCCCUGUGAAACAUAGUGUGCCUUCUAGCAGCCAAAAAAAUUACGCCAUCACCCAGUGGAAAGCACGAAAAGUUCAACGCAAAAUAGUGCUUUCAAAAUUUGUGGUGUUAACCGAGAUUAAAACUGUUGCAGGAUAUGUUGCCCACACAGUGGAUGAAGAGCAGUACAGUUUUAGACCAUCUACUUCCCCAUUGAUUCAUUCCUCUCCUAGCCAGGAUUCACUGAAGAUACCUGAAAAUGGGUCUGGUGAUUCUCCACCACAAGGGCAAGCAUCUGUGCAGAGAUUUUCCCAUGCUCCUUCAUCUCCUGAAUCAUCUUGCCUUAGUCCUAGUUUCAGUAGACUGACGUAUAUCUCUGCCACAGAGAAUACAGGAUUUGCAGGAUUGCAGGAUUUAAGUAUCCAAAGUCCUGAAAAGAAAAAGAGUAAUAAUACAAUUGAGCUGAGCACAACUAUAGUGAGAGCAAGUCCUACACCUUCAGAAAUGCAACUUGCACGAAACGACAAUUUAUCUUGGGAAGACAACAAAAGUCAGAUAACCAACAAUCAUACCAAACAACUGAGUAGAAGUCCAUCUGCAUUCCGAACUGUAUCAGCCAGUGACAUUGGAUGUAAAUCUGGAGACCCUAAACAAUUAGAACUGGAUCCAACAUCUUUAGGUGGUAAAGACCAUAAUCCUUUCUCUUGGCAAGAACAUGCAACAAAAUCUAGCCAAAUAUUACCUUCUGCAAAUAUGCCCCAGUCAGCUCUGCUGGAGAAGUACGCUGUUAUGCAGACCAUUACUGGUAAUCAAUGUGCAUGUGUUCCUGGCUUUAAACCAGUUGUAUCAGAGAGUGAUGUACAGAAACUUCCAUCUUCAGUAUCUUCUCUUUUUUCUGGACAAAGCCUUUCUAACACACCAUUUACACAACAGUAUUUAGGAAAUGUAAAUCCAUUGCUUGCUUUUCCAGGGGGAAAUCCUGGCUUCUACGGAGUUUCCACAGGAUACCCCAGCUGUAAUUUACCAACACAAAAUAUACAAAAUGCAAUGAAUGGAGUCCCAUUGAAUGCAAAUAUCGGUCCAGGAUUACUAGCCACUUGGCCAAUGAGUAGUCACACUACAACUAAUCAGAACAUUGACCGUCAUAUCCAUUUGCUUGAAAGCCAGGCUGGUACAACUGGUCUUUCUCAAUGGACAUCAUCAAGAAUGUCGUCAGGAUUUGGGCAAGUUUUGGUUCCUGAAGAGGUCACUUUUCCCAGUGCGUGUUGUGUUGGAAUUGCAUCUCAGACAUCACUGAAUAUAUUUAACCCAAAUGAAAGAUGGAUGCAAGUUAAUAUUGGAGUUCUCUGUAUUGCAAUAAAUGGAGAAAAAAUUGACAUUGGGGCUCACCAGUGUCUGGUUUUUAAAAACAAGACAAUAAUUGGGCCUCGAGCAUCUGAAGACAUAAAGAUUCUCCUCCUGCCCCAUAGACCAGGGCUUUUCCAAUGUGUUCUCAGUGUAUCAUCUUGGCCUGUUUCUGCUGACACUGAGUCGAUUGUACGGGCAGACACUAUGGCUUCUAAAGUUCUACUUGCUGCGGUUUCAGAAUAUCCUUUACUUGAGGUAGACCCAGGAAAAAGUGAAGGCUUAGAUUUUGGGGAUUUAUCCUCUGGCGGUUGGAAAGCACUUCCUCUGAAAAUAAUGAAUAGAACUCGUGCUACAGUGCCCAUCAGACUUAUUAUAAGUGCUAAUGCUACAGCAUGGCGCUGCUUCACUUUUUCCAAAGAUCCAAUUAAUCUAGUAAAAGGAUUUGGUGUUCAUACAGAUCCUAUUUCUAAGAUGUCUUCACCUUCUGUCAUAAGUCAUGUUAUGCAAGCAUCACAUGAUGGGCAGGAGCCUGAGUGUUUUGCAGUAUGGGUUGUGUUUCAUGCACCACAGACUUACAACUCUGCAGGUUCCCUUGGCCCACCAGAAGAGUUUACAGCAAGGGUCGAUAUUGAAAUUGACAGCCCAGGCCCAGCAUGCAUGCUAAAAUGUAUCCAGCUAAGAGCAAGGGUUGGUUGUGCAAGGAUACAUGCCCCUAAGGACUUGCAGAUUAUCCGUUUAACCUGUAUCGUUGGAUCAUCUGCUAAACAACUGCUCCCAUUAAAAAAUGCAGGGAAUAUUUCUGCUCAUUUGAAAGUUAUGGUAAGUUGUCCAAAUGAAGAUGGGUUUUCUGUAGACCCUGAAGAUUUGUUCCUUGCACCAGGAGAAGAACAAAUAGUUGCAAUUAAGUUCUCUCCACGUCAUUCAAAAACAAAGCAAAGUACCUUAAAAAUAAUGGUCCAGCCAUCAGGUCCACAGUACGAAGUGAUGUUGGUUGGAGACAUGGAGUCUUCAGGAAACACAAAUUCCACUGCCAUAAGUUAUUCAGAUGUUCCCUCAAUUCUCUCCAACAAGCAGUUCAUAGCAUGGGGAGGAGUUGGUGUUGGAAGAGCAGUGCAGCAAAAAUUGAUACUAAGGAACAUGUCAGCAACUGCAAGCCAGCAGCUUCGUCUCAUAAUAAGGGGUCAGGACCAAGACUGCUUUCAGUUGCAAAGUACAUUCGGAUCAGAACAACGUUUGACAAACAAUCUUGAGCUCACAAUUCGUCCUAAGGAGGAUUCGUCUGUCCACUUGAUGUUUUCUCCUACUCAUAUAGGCUGCAUGUUGGCUAAGCUGGAGAUUAAACAGUCCGGAAUUAAGUCUUCACAACCAGGCAUCAAAUUUACUAUUCCACUAUCUGGCUAUGGAGGCACGAGCAAUGUAAUACUUGAAGAUGUGAAAAAGUUAUCGGACAGCUGCAUGGUGACACUAAAUGGUGUAUUGCCUGGUAGAAUAAGCAAAGCAAGCUUCUCUAUCAGGAACACAGGCUCCAGAGCUGCUUAUGUUAAAGCCGUCUGCUUUCUUAAUGUAGAGAAAAAUAUUGUUGUGGAUUCAAACGUGCUUUUUGUGACUCCAGAUAAGUUUAUUCUGAAAGAAGGAUCACAAGAGAUAGUUACAAUAUCCUACAAGGCAGUAAACCAAGAGACAUGUCAUCAGCUGAACAAGUUAUGUACAGUAUGUUUUUUCUGCGGUGAUGAGGUAUCCCGACAGCAGUUUCGCAGGGCAGUACUAUACAAGCCAGAAGUGGCCCAAAAAGUAAUUGCAGAGUUUUCAAAGUUAAGGAAUACAAGAUUUGAUGAAGAGUUCCCUGGUGAGCAGCUGGUCUGUGAAGUCUAUGAUUUGCCACAAAGACCAAAUGAUAUCCAACUUUUCUAUGGAAAUAUGCGCAAAAUCAUGCUGUCUGUUGUUGAAGGAACUGAUGUUAACAUGGCUGGAACAUCUAUUCAACCCUUUCUAGGCACUGGCUUGGGCAGAACUACUGAAAAUACUCAAAGCACUAGAAACACGUCAUUGGACGUUCUGCCUGUUAAAGGCCCUCAGGGACCUCAUCUGUCAAAUGCUGAUGUAUCUUUAAGAAGUGGCAACAAAUCUGAAAAUACAUUUAUUGUGCAACCAGGGUGUCUUCAGUUAACUACAGAUGGGUUUGCUGGAACUGGGCAAGUACAGAUUCACAACAAGUCUUCAAAAUUAUUAGAGUUUGAUUUAUCCUGGCCACCUCACUGGCUUACAGUAACACCACAGCAUGGGAGCAUUGAUCCACAGAGUCACACACUAAUACUUGUAAACCCAAACCCAUCUUUGUCCAAAAAGCAGAUUGUGCUUCCUUGGAAUGGUCAUAUCUAUGUGCAUUGUGAUAAUGGACAAAAGAUGGUUAAAGUGCAAAUAAUUGAUGGCACUGCAAUGGAUGGGCCUAGAGAUGGAGGCCGAAAAUCCCUUCCAAUGCUUGCACCCCGCCUGGAGACCCCAGUUCAUGUUGCAAAACCUCUCCCUAAAACUCAUUCAGCUGUACUUGAAUUAAAGAAUCGUACCCUUGUAUUUCCCAAAACAGCGGCUGGAGAAAGCUCAGAAACCUUUUUGGAAAUGGAGAAUCCAGGUGAUGAAGACGUUAAAUGGCAUCUCUCGUCAUUUGCAGCCCCCUAUGUAAAGGGAGUUGACCGCAGUGAUGAUAUUUAUCGGGCCACUUACACAGUUUUCAGGUGUGCCAGAGUUUCUGGUGCGCUUGCAGCACAUGACCGGUUGAAGGUAGCAGUUACUUUCUUCCCUAAAGAACAAGGUGACUAUACCCAGUUUUGGGACCUCGAAUGCCAUCCAAUAUCUGAACCACAUUUAAAGCAUAAAGUGAGAUUUCAACUGUGUGGAGAAGGUAUGAUGGAUGAAAGUGCGUCAGUGAGAGUUUCUAAUGAGUCUUUAGUAAGGUCAGAGGCUCCAGUUCAUCCAAGAAGAAGAUCUGGCUCUGAAGCGUCUUCAUUGAGAGCUGUACAAGAUGCGACCGCAAGGGGAGUUUUUGCAUCAGAACAGUUAUACACUUUUCCUCCUACACCAGUUGGUGAAUCCAGUACAUUAAAAGUAAACUUAAAAAAUAACUCUUUUACAACAUACAUGCUGAAAUUUGAUAGUCCUAAAGAGCCAUUUCAUAUGAAGCAUUCCAAAUAUUCUUUGAGAGCUCACCACUAUAUCAACCUACCAGUGAAAUUCAAACCAUCCAGCAAGGGAAGGUUCGAAGGCUGCCUUGUUGUUCAGACAGACGCCGGAGAUAUUUGUAUUCAACUUGUUGGUGAAGCACUGGCCAAAAGAUGAAAUGUCCUGAACAAUCUAAUGCUGAAGUUACGUAGUUCAGCUUUAUUUGAAUGUCUAAGUGUU